AAUGGUGAAGCAGAACAAAAGCAAACCUGGAAAGAGUGCCUCAGAAAGGCAUGACACACAGCGCCCUUCCCCUCCCAGCCGCACAUAGUUUGAUAGAGGGACGAGCGUUGCCAUCGACAGAGGCGAGGCCAAUGGCUUACGAGCCGGUGUUUCAUUAACUCGUGUUUACAGCUCUGGUCUGCUGCAGCGUUGAUCUGAAAUCAGAGCAAACUUUCAUAAACUUGUGGGAGAGAAGGUGGGACAUGUUUCAUCAGUCUUACCAGUCUGUCCAGUUUUUUUUUUCCUUCUUUCUCAACAGGCAUCCGUGCCCGUCCUCCGAUAAGCUUUCGUUUCUCAUCAGUAACGCGACAAGAGCUGACAGCUCCAGAACAGUUAUUUGCUACAUAAGAUUUAUUUUUUAAAAAUUUUUUUUUGCUAAAAAAACUGUGAGAACUUUCAGAGACUUACUGGAUGUGCUUGAAAGGAUGAGCAUGUUUCUGUUCUUAGUCCUCCCCCCUUUGGGACUAUAUGUACUGAUCUCGCAAUAUCUGCUCAAGAACCCCCACCGUCUCCACCGGAGGAAGAAGACGGCUUUCUACUGCACUCACAUUUCACACCGAGGAGGAUCAGGCGAGAGGAUAGAAAGCACCAUGGAGGCAUUCACACAUGCAGUAGAAGAGGGCACAGAGAUGCUGGAGAUGGACUGUCACUUGACACAGGAUGGACACGUUGUGGUUUCUCACGACGAAAACCUGCUCAGGCAGACGGGCCGCGACGUCACCAUCUCCUCACUCAAUCUGGAGGAUCUGCCUCUGUAUGAGGAGACACUGGAGGUGACGUUCUACGCAGGCCACUACAGCACCGGCACGGAUAGGAAGAUUGCUCUUCUGGAGGAUGUGUUCAGGAAGUUCCCUCAGAUCCCCAUCAGCAUCGAGAUCAAGGAGAACAACCGGCAGCUGAUGCAAGAGGUGUCAGACAUGGUCAGACGCUACAACAGGGAGGCCAUCACCGUGUGGGCCUCCGUGGACUCCACCAUCCUGACCAAGUGCCGCAGUAUCAACAGCGCUAUGCCCUACAGCUUCUCAAUGCAGCGCGGCCUCCUGCUCCUGCUCCUCUUCUACACUGGCCUGCUGCCCUUUGUCCCCCUGGGUGAGAGCCUGCUGCAGUUCUACCUGCCGCGCAUCAUCAACAGGACCUACAUCCCUAAGGAGAACAUCUUAAAGAAAAGACUGGUCGUUUCUUUAAUAGACAUGAUAACGAUGAGAAGAAGCCUUUUUAAACACCUCGCCGCCCGUGGAAUACAGGUGCAUUUAUUUGUUUGCAACAGAGAGGAGGACAUUCAGGCGGCGUUUGAACUGGGGGCCACAGGAGUCAUGACUGACUAUCCAGCUCUGCUCUCCAACUACAUGCGCGCCUACAGGAGACAGGACUGAGCCCGGCAGCGUCCCGGCAGCACCAGAAAAGAACCGCGGGAGCACCUAAGGACUUCAAAACAGACGUUACCAGACGGGCAGAGGGAGGGAUCCUUACUAGUGCAGCCCUGACAGGAUUAGCAGAAAGUUGUGUCGCUGAAGAGCGAGCAGAUACAUAGAAUGAAAGGUUUCAAUCGGGCCGUUCAUCACGCAGAACCCUCAAUCACUGCUGACACUGUGAUCACAUCUACUGUAUGGAAAUAGUCGGGUCAGUAUGGAGAGAGACGGUUAUUGAGUGAAUGUUUCACCAGCAGCGGCCUGUCACCUGACCAGCCGCGAUAAGACCCAGAACAAACACGGCUUUGUUUUGACUGGUUAUUUUCUGACACUAUUGAUUGGUUUAAGUGCGUCUUUUGUGUUGUUAGAAAUAAGAAGGCAGACGGAAUGCCUGAGAAAGGUGGUUAUAGGUACAUUUUAGCAGCGCUUUAAUCUGCCUUGCUAAAGUUCUUAUCCUUUGAACCGCUUCACAUUUAUUCACAUUAGAACCACUAACUUCAGUCGGUUUAUUGGAGUUUUAUCUUGUCUGUUUCACUACUGGAUUUGUGUAGUUUUAUUGUUUUACCAUUCUUAAAAGCUAAAAGUAGCCAUUUGGAAAAUUACUCAAGUAAAGAAAACUUGAGAUCUGAUUUAAUUUGUACAAAAUGAUGUAAUCAGACCA